CCGUGUGAAAACUUUGCCGGUUUCGGGUGCAAAGUUUGAAACCGUCUGCAAACUGCCGAGUCGAAUGGUGCGCUCGGCCGUUGAGGAUUUCGUCUUGUGCUCUUCUCCUCGCCUUGCCGGUAACAUGGUGAGCGACAAGUGGAUGGCAAACCGCGGCGCUUCUGUCGUUGUAUGCGGAGAAUUGAUUUGAGCGAGAGCGCGACUGAAAGCAGCGGAUAUUGUCUCGAGGAUUUGACAAGGAGAGCGGCACCAGCGCCUUCGACGUCUUUCAAGGAACAAACGGGCGGCAGGAAACAAAAAAAGGAAAUCUCAGUUGGCCACAGCACUUUGGAGCGGGUCUCGCUUGGUAGGGAACGACCGAUUGCCUUUUCUGUGAGUAAGGGAGCCCCCUGCAAGCGAGCCCACCGUCGACACAACCUGUGUACGUGCAAGCGAGAAGGGAGGGAAAGAUCGAGAGCGAGCCAUGGUUUGCGAGCCCAACCGUAUGCGGCUGCUCUGCAUGCUGAGCCUGACGUUUGGCUUCUUCGUGGUCGAGGUGGUUGUCAGCCGGCUUACGGCCUCGCUGGCCAUGCUGUCCGACUCCUUCCACAUGCUGUCGGAUGUCAUCGCGCUGGUGGUGGCGCUGGUGGCGGUGCGCUUCGCCGAGAAGACCCAGUCCACCAGUAAGAACACGUUCGGCUGGAUCCGCGCCGAAGUGAUGGGCGCGCUGGUGAACGCCGUCUUCCUGACCGCCCUGUGCUUCACCAUCAUCCUGGAGGCCAUCGAGCGCUUCACGGAGCCGCACGAAAUCGAGAAACCGCUGGUGGUGAUUGGCGUGGGAGCCGCCGGGCUCGUCAUCAACCUUUUUGGCCUCUGCAUGUUCCACGGACACUCCCACGCAGGGGGGCACGGACACUCCCACGGAGGGGGGUCCGCUCACGGGGGCAAGAAGGGUAAGAAGAGCAAGUGCGAGAGGCCACCGGGGGGUACAGAAGAGACGAACAAUCUGGUGGGCUGCGGAAGCCCGAAUGGUGUCACAGCGGAGGGACCCGAGCGGAACGAUCUGCUGCAGCAGAACAGCUUGGAGAUCCAGGUCAACGGCAGCCUGCCUUACGAUGAGCUCGACCCUGGUGAAGAGUCGGCUUCCCAGCUCAAUAUGCGAGGGGUCUUCCUCCAUGUCCUCGGGGAUGCCUUGGGUUCAGUCAUCGUUGUGGUCAAUGCAAUCAUUUUUAAUUUUGUGUGGUCUCCUUGCGUGGCUGGUUUGCCCUGCAUCAACCCUUGUGUGGACAGCCACUGCACUGACCAUGAGCACGUCAACCACACUCUGGUGAGCCUAGACAACAGCACUAUGACCUCCGCCGGGCCCUGCUGGGUCCUCUACUUGGACCCCACCCUUUGUGUUAUUAUGGUGUGCAUUUUGUUGUACACGACCUAUCCUCUGUUGAAGGAGUCGGCCCUCAUCCUGUUACAAACUGUCCCGAAGCAGAUUGACAUGCAUCGGCUGAAUGAAAAGUUGCGCAAUUUGGAUGGGGUGUUAGCUGUUCACGAACUUCAUAUCUGGCAGUUGGCGGGCAGCCGCAUCAUUGCUACAGCUCACAUCAAAUGCCACGAUCCUGCCUCGUACAUGGAUGUGGCGAAACGAAUCAAGGACUUCUUCCACAAUGAAGGCAUCCAUGCCACAACGAUCCAGCCGGAGUUUGCCACCGUGAACUCGGAGUCGCGCAUCUCCCUCUGCGAACUUUCCUGCAGGACGCAGUGUGCCCCCAAACUUUGUUGUGGCAGCGGAGACAAACACGGAACUGAGAAAAAGGGCACUGAAAAAGUAGGGAGUGGUGGUCUUGCCCUGCCCUGCCUGGAGAUGAUCAGUGAGUCCCCCGAGCACCUCACUAUAGAAAAUCAGCCCGAGGUGGAAAUCCAGGUAGCGGAAAAUGAGGUAGAAAUCGUCAUCCCGAGAGAAGUGGAGUCAUCCUUGUGAAGUGCAGUGGCGGAGUACCUGCUGGGACCAGAUGCUGCCCGAGACUGGCACUUGCUUUUCUUUUCAUCAGCAGAUGCGAUUGCACCCCCCCCAACCCGUGUAGUAGCCCACGUGUGGAUGGCUGUGGUCUCACAUGGGUUCAUUCAGUUUAUUUUUUUUUACAUUUUUUUUGUUUGGUGCUGACUUGCUCAGCCUUAACUCAAAUUCAGGAAUCAUGAUCGGCACGAUUUCUUUUCGAGAAGACCAGGCAAAUCAAGCUAGUUAAUUGAAAUAAAUCGGGACGGUCAACAAAAUGAAAACCUACCGAUGAAGAGAAUUCACGCCUGCUUCGGUUUCUCGAAUCGCCACUGAGGUCUACAGAGGAGGCUGUCGAUCAUCUCGGUGGGUGUACCCUUUUGCUGUCGAGAAGCCAGAAGCCCCACACCGGACCCUCACAGGAAACGGCAACACAGCUUACCGAGGGCCAACUUUGGAAUUUCUGAGGGACACAACAACACGAUUCAGCUCCGACCAAAUCUGUACCGGCAGGGCAGGGCCGAAUGGCAGACGACGGUGACAUUUCAGAUGCGUCAUUUCAUUGCGUAGUCUUUCAGUUGUUCAUUGAAUUUUUUACCAACGUUUUGGUACUUGGCGUGUGAAUUGUGAAUGCUUUUACACCAAGAAAUACCUUAAUUGUUUAAAGUAAUAUAAGAGAGUGUAUGAAAGUUGUAUGGGUAUGACAUAGCUAUAUAUACAUAGAGAUUUAUAUAUAUAUAUAAUGUAUAAUUUGGAAUGUUUUCUUCAUGUAAGUAUGUGUGUUUUUAUUUUUAUUUAUUUUUGUUUUGGAUGUUUGUCUAUUAAAAAAAAAAAAAAAAAACAAGUCCCAUAAUAUUCCCCCUAAUCUCCUCAUUUGGGAUGCUGUGAUUGUAUGUGAGAAAUGGCCAUCCUGGGGCGUCCUCCUUUAAGGAUCGUGCGUCUUUGGCACUGGAACUCCUAGGCUAACCCCCAUUUGUCUUUUUUGUUUUAAUGUUAUAUUUUGUUUUUAGUGGUAUGCCAUUUCAAAGCCUGCUGUCCGGGGCUUAAGCACAGAGAGAGGGGAGGACACUGACUGGAAUUGUUGAGUUUCCCAGCAUCCUCUAGUGCACUGGAGUGCAUAGCGUAUAUCGCGUUUUCUUUUUGCUGAUUAUAUUUGAUUGAUUUUUUUUGACCCCCAAUGUCUGCGUAUACUUUUUUUGCAUUUUUUCUAAUAAUGAGUAUUGCUAUUUGAAUUUCUCUUGGUCUGUAAUGUGAGUGUAUAAAUCUGCGUGUAUCGAACACACCCUAUAGAACAGAUAGACACAUUAUAGACGCAUUCACUGUAUGUGUAAUGUGUGCUAAACAGCCAGACCGGGCCUUUUUAUGGGGGUGCCUUCAUCUGUGUUCUAGGGGUUAGGGAGGCUCCAGCCGGCCCCUCGGCUCACGUACUCCUAGAACUGUCCCUGCUGCCGCUCAUAGAGGAGUUCAGCUGAUCCUUUCCUGUUUAGUGCUCUCCGGUGUUAAAGUGGUGUGCCGCAGGCUUCCCUUUUGAAGACGCAUCAUUUGGAAGCCUUUAGGUUUCUGGAUUUCCGCUGUAGCCAAUGACUGGUGACUUGACCGCUGCGGCCGGGGAACUGUUCUUAUACUGUAAGAUCUCAGUCUCGCUGGUAUAUAAUAAAAAGCUUGAGGGCUUUGCCACCACUUUAGUUAUUACUUAUCGUGAAGACGACAAUUGCACCGAAGUGACCGCGUUACAAAGUCGGAUCUGCUUGAACUCGCUAGCUGUCAGGGCGGUGCAGGCUGAUGAUGGACUGAGUAGUCAUAACACUCACUAAAAAGACUUGUCACGGCUCGACUGGCUGCUUUGGUCCUUCCCGGUGUCCAUUUUCCAUUGUAAUCCUGGAAAGAAAAGAAAGAAACAUUAAAACUUCAUCCGGGUCUGUUGAAAAGGCAGCGGAAAGAGAGCAGACCUCGUCGCCGUGUUUGUUAUUGUGGUGGUCUCAGCUUUUCUGUUCUCUGAGGCCCUCGGCCAUGUUGUUGAUGAUCGGCAGGUUCCAUCUGUGAUACAUGCAUGCAGUUUGAAAAUAUUCUGUAACUUCCAUAUUGAACACUGUGUCUUAGGACCUGAGUGUGAAUAAGAAAUAAUUGGGAGGUUAGGGUUUACUUUUAUUUUGCACAGAAGUGACGUCUUGACUACAUACACUUCCCACUUUAUUUCUGAGUGGUUUAUGUCCAGAUGUGUGUGUGUGUGUCUCUCUCAUUUAAUUAGUAAGACCAUCUGAAGUAGAGAAAACUGGCAGCACAAACCUCGGCCUGUUUAAAAUGAUACAUUAAACCCUUCAGAAUAUAAAUGAGUCUUUAUAAAACGCAGUGCUCUCUCUGUGUGUGUGUGUGUGUGUGUGUGUGUGUGUACAGUAUAUUGACAUUCAAGUGUCCAAAGCUGCUGUUUUGUACAUUUAGUCAUCCUUCAUUAUAAGGAGUUUCAGAACGCCAUUACAAGGCGCUUUAUAAGGCAUCAAUUUACUGGGCCUUUGACCUCAAAUGUCCACAUACAGGAAACGAAAAGCUUGACAUUUUUGUUUUAAAAAUCAUUGCAAGGUUCGGCUGCAGAUAAACUCUCAAGUAGUCUCCGUAUAUUUCAGGUAUUUAAUAAAUAGCUUGUUUACGAAGCAACAGCUCGCACGCAUUUCCACCUGCAUGUGCACCUCGCAGGGUGGCGUGGUGAGCACCUCUGAUACGACGUCUGCACCACCGCCAUGUGGGUUUUCUCCAAAUGUUGUGGUUUCCUCUCACCACCGCUGAAGAUGUGCGUGGUAACGUUUCUUGGCACCGUAGACUGGUGCACCGCUGUGUAAGAAACUGUGCCCGCUGUUUGACUGGCAUCCCAUACUUGGUGUCUGUUCUUGCUGGUUUGGUUUGUGACUUCAUGGGGAAAAAACAGGCAGAAAGGUCAGUGGGCACCCAAAAUUAUUAGUUUUUUUGUUUUACACACGUGUGUCUCCAGUGAGGGUCUACAGUUCCCUCCAACCUCAAAGUGGGUUUCACACGAUGGACGGGUGAGAUGUUUACGGGUUUCGGCGCUAAAUUUUUUUUUAUGGUAUUGAAAAGUUUAAAUUAAUUUAAAGAAUGAGAAAAUUUCAAAUCUGCGUAGUUAACUCUUCUUAAUUUGCAUUUUCAUAUACACACAAACAGUAAGACUGUGUUGAGCUAACACUGAAGUGUUAAUUUGGACAUUCACACUGCAAGAGUUCAUUUUUUGCUGGCGACUGCUGUGUAUGUUUAGGUGGGCUGCGUCUGCCUCCCGUUUUAGUGCUCGUUCCUUUUAGCCAAUUUAUGAACCUGCUGUUUCCUUACUGGGUUGUAGUGACUGGAGCGCACAUACGCACUCUUUAACACACAUACGCUCUCUUCAACACACAUACUCGCUCUUUAACACACACGUACGCGCUCUUUAACACACACAUACGCGCUCUUUAACACACACGUACUCGCUCUUUAACACACACGUACGCGCUCUUUAACACACACGUACGCGCUCUUUAACACACACGUACGCGCUCUUUAACACACACAUACGCGCUCUUUAACACACACAUACGCGCUCUUUAACAUACAUACCCGCUCUUUAACACACAUACAACACACAUACGCGCUCUUUAACACACAUACGCGCUCUUUAACACACAUACGCUCUCUUUAACACACAUACGCGCUCUUUAACACACAUACAACACACAUACGCGUUUUUAUACACACAUACGCGUUUUUAUACACACAUACGCGUUUUUAUACACACAUACGCGUUUUUAUACACACACGCGUACUUUUAUACACACAUACGCGUUCUUUUAUACACACAUACGUGCUCUUUAACACACAUACGUGCUCUUUAACACACGUGCUCUUUAACACACUUACGCGCUCUUUAACACACACGUACACGCUCUUUAACACACACGUACGCGCUCUUUAACACACACGUACGCGCUCUUUAACACACGUACGCGCUCUUUAACACACACGUACGCGCUCUUUAACACACACGUACGCGCUCUUUAACACACACGUACGCGCUCUUUUAUACACACGUACGCGCUCUUUUAUACACACGUACGCGCUCUUUAACACACACGUACGCGCUCUUUAACACACACGUACGCGCUCUUUAACACACACGUACGCGCUCUUUAACACACACGUACGCGCUCUUUUAUACACACACGUACGCGCUCUUACAUACACGCACACGCUCUUACACACACGCACACGCACGCACGCACACACACACACUUUGUAUGUUUCAUCUCUGAACUGACGAGCUGGCAGGCGCGAGUCUAAUUGUGUCGUUGUGCCGAUGGUCCUCAUCAGCUUCGAUUUCCUUUGCCGUUUUGUGUUUGGGGUUUUCAUCUGCUGGUAACUUUUGAAUUGUGUUUUUUUGUUUUUCGUUUUCUUCUCGAGGGUCACUGGCCUGGGUGUUACGCGACAAUAUUUCAUUGUUUUUGUGCUCGACUCUUAAGGUGAAAUUCUGUUUGUUUGUUUGUUUGUUCCUUUACUCUCCAGCUCAGUUGAAUGAAGGACGGCUGACGAGCCGAAAUGAUGCUUGCGUGUCGUUACUUUUAUACAGAAUACACUGUUUAUUCGAUUUCAGAUUAGAUUUUGGCAGAAAUGAGAGGCUUUUCUCAAAUUAUCGUUGUUUGUCAGGCAGUUUCUAAAUUACAUUCGUAGAUCCCAGAUCGAUUAGUGAAGCCCGAGUCUGUACACUGUAAACGUUUUGGGUUUUUGCUUGACAAAACUGAAGUGACCCCAUGACUCCCGUUGUGUUUCGUCUUAUUUCUUAAUAUCCACUUGUGUUAUUAGCAUCUCUGUGUCGACUCCCAAUGCUUGUACACCAAUCAGGUAACCUUAGCCACUGUUCUCAUUCUUUAAAUUGUCCUCCCUACCGUAUAAAACCGUUGGGAGUUCCCGGCCACCUCCUGAAGGUUGACUGCUGUUUGAACUCGCCCACAAGCGAAUGAUUUGCAUCAUCCUUGACGUGUUUUUUUUUUUUUUUUUCCCAAAAUGUUUUAUAAUCUUUCCUAAAUGUGAAAACCAGCCUGUUGUGUUUCCAAUUUGUCACUUGCUGAAACAAACGUUUUGGUCAAUCGUGGAAAACAAUUUGAAGGAACAGGCUGCAACUCCAGCAACAUUUAGUCCCCAGAAGUGAGCGGGUGCCCAUGGUGCCCAAGAUUAAUGCCAGUCAGUAGUCCUUCCCAUGUUCUUGAAAUCACCAAUGUGUGCAAGGAUCGCUCGUGUGCCGUUUAGUCGAUUUUCCAUCCAACUGUGUAAGUGUGGGAGAGGGCGACAUGUGGAUGUACCCCAGAACAGGCCACUUUCAUUUUGAUUUGAUGGUCUUUUAUGUGUGAGUCUGUUUGAUGAUGUGACUGUGACACUUUUUUUUUUUUUUGCCCACAUUGGGAUGUGGGGGGAGGGGUGCGAGGGCACAGGGAUCUGGUGCAGUUUUAUGUACCUUAUGUUAUGUUCUCAUCUCUGGUUACUUGGGUGCAAUUUAUAUUUUCCCAUGAAUGUACAUUUGUGCGACUUUUUUUUCCACUUCUGAAAUCGACACAAUGUUUUCCAAAGCUGUUUCUACCUCGCGCAGAGGCUGGCAGAAUGUUUUAUUAAUAGUGUUGUUAUAAAAAUUUUCCUUGAGCAAAACAAAACGGACUUCUGUG